AUGGGCCCCUGUACCGCUUCCUCAUGCUGCUGCCAGGCCCCUAAUCUGCCAUGGGCCCCUGUACCGCCUCCUCAUGCUGCUGCCAGGCCCCUAAUCUGCCAUGGGCCCCUAUAUACCGCCUCUUCAUGCUGCUGCCAGGUCCAGAGUCUCUCAUGGGUACCUGUACGGCCUCCCAUUGCUGCUGUCUCUAUCGCCACACUCUGCCAUGUGCCACUUUCAGGUCUCCUCACACUCCUGCUGGUUUCCAUUUUGUCAUAGGUUGCUGGCAGAUUACAGGCCUCCCAUAGGUGCUGCCAGGCCCCAAAUCUGCCAUGGGCCCCCGUACCGCCUCGUCACGCUGCUGCUGGGUCCACAGUGUGACAUGGGUCCCUGUACCGCCUCCCAUUGCUCCCACUCUGCCAUGUGCCACUUUGAGGUCUCCUCACACUCCUGCUGGUUUCCAUUUUGUCAUAGGUUGCUGUAUGGCCUCCCAUUGCUGCUGCCUCCACCGCCA